AUGUUCCGGUUCGUGAUCUGCCCGGAUCUCGAUUCCGGGAGCGCGCCGAUUCGCAGGACGGAGGCCAUGUCAAGCACCAAGGAUGAUGUUAAGCCUCUGCAUCCCCGAAAAGUUUCGGGGGUGGCCACCGGCACUCCGGAUUCUAUAUCUAGAAGGCGGACCAGACCCAAGCUUGACUCAGGCCUCUUGACUCGCUGCAGUGCACCGUUCCGGCAGCAACGACGGCUAGAACUGGGCCAGGCAAAGUUCAUGAGCUGGCUGAAGCAGACAGCCGAGAAGCUGACGACGCGAAAGAAUGAGCCUGAGACACAAGCAAGCAACGCUCCCGUUGUUGCACCGCAGCAGUCGCGCCGCGAAAAGAAAAAGGCCGCAAUCGACCCGUGUGCGGGCGCAGCAUCCGACAAGUUCGUCGAUUGGACCCAGCUCGAGGUGUCUGCCCACCGCAUCGCCGACAACGCGAACCCCGAAGACGUGCCCGAUUCCGCCAUCAACAUCCUCCACGACGUCGUCAAUCUGCGGAAGAAGAGUUUCCGUUUCUUUACCAGCGCCGCCAACCACUCCAAGGACGAGAAACUCGAGCAGAGCAAUGCCAACCACGCCCAACCCGUCAACGUCCUCGAGCGGGUCCUGGCCAGACUGAAAAUUCUCGUCAAGCGUGGGAAAACCAGGGAGCGCACGGAUGAGCCAAAGGACGGGUCCCGCGUCACUACGGCCGACUUGAGAAAUCUGUUCGCCUAUCUCGAGGUUGAAACCGCCCCGGACGCCGCUGACGACACCCCCGACCGAGAACUCGAAACAGACCUCCCGCCGGACGACGACGCCAAGGCACACCAGAAAGCUGGGAGAAGGAAGGGAGGAAAGAAGACAGUCAAACCCAAGAAGCCCCAAAGACGAGCCGAAAGAGCAGUUGCCAAGACUAGCGGCGGCAUACCUUGGAUAGACAAGUUCCGCUUUGGGUUGCCCGGCGAGGAUGAUGACGAGGAGGACGAGCUCGAUCUCUACAUGAUGGUCCAUUGCUUCUUCGAGGACUUCAACACCAUCCGGAACCAUGUGGCUGAGCUCUGGCGCGAUUAUUGGUACGACCGGCCCGUGCCGCUGGUCACGCUAGCAGUCGUUACCAACGCCUUCAAGCUCUUCCACCAGCUCGGGUACGAUAUUGCCAAGGAGCUGAGGCCCAACAGCCCGAGCUUGGCACGGUACGACUUCAUGAUGAGCGUGCUCUUUUACCACUAUGGCAUCGAUCAUAUCGACUACGACUCCUACGACCAAUCUGACAAAAAAGAGGCAGAUGAGCGGAUCUGGGAGGACGAGGCCGAUUGGCUGGCCCUCCCGUCUUACUUUGAACUGGAGCAUGUGCUGAUGAUGAUCAUCCAGGGAAAGACGCCCAUGCUCGCCCCGUCCCAGCGCAAGCCUACUACUAAGACGUUCCAGUCCAGUGCAACCAACCAGAUUGUCCUCGAAAGUGCUCACCUGAAGGUCUUGAGGCACAACCGGCAGGAGUCGCCCGUGUUGCCCUCCGAAUGCCACCUCUUGUCGGAUUUUCAGGCGUUCCUAAGGAGGAAGGAUCAUGACUCGGCCCUAAUCUUUUCUCUCCACCUCUGGGUGGCCACUGCCGGCAAGCUCAAACAAGCCUUGGAGAACCACAAUCGCAGCAAAUAUUGCAAGGAUUACGACUUCAAGCGAAUCUGGCUCGGCCGCCUCUGGGAGGCCAAGCACUUCAUGGCUGAAAACUUCAUGUGGGAGGAUAAGAAAGCUCGCUUCCGCCAGCACGAGCCUGUCUGCGCCGGGCUGCUCGACCUCCGCGCACGUCUCGUCUACAGCGAACUGUAUGUCGAUACAUGCGCCGAAGACUGCCGGUUCAGGCGCGGGUUGCAGCCCUCGCAGGGAUCAGUUGCCAUCAUCCACAAUUUUGCCGCCUCAACCGGCGAUGAGACUGUCAAAGAAAAGAGGGCAGAGGGGAUGGACAGCGAUAAGAAGUCCAUCCCAAAGAUUGCCCUCAGGGCACAACUCUCGCAGAUCAAACACAGCGAGCGAGGGGUUGACAGACUACGUGCCCUCAUGGAUCCCUCCGAGAGUGACGCUCAAGACGGUCACGGUAAUGGUGAUGUGACUCUUGUCAAGCGUGAGAAUGGCUUGACGAAAACCAGGAAGACUGAAUUGGAGAAGGAGCGCAAGGCAAAGCUCUCCCAGUUCUCGCCCAUCGACAUGCUCCAGAUGCUGGACAAGACGUUUCGACUGUUUGACGAGUCAGCCUUCCUGCUUGCAUUGGUUGUCGGGGCCUUCGGUGACAGGAUGUGGGAUCGCCUUGGUCCCCCCCCAUGUUGCUUACAGUUCCUCGAUUGCUUACCCAGUGUCCUGGGUCAGGACUUGGCCUCCUCGGGUCUCGGGAAAGCAGACCGAGAUCAUCCAGGAAGUUGUCGAGGGCUGCAGGAGCUUCAGCCAAAGAAGGGAAGGGUCCGUUCCGUCCCUUGA